AAAAAAACAGCCGACGUUUACAGAGCAGCGAGGGGGAGAUUUCACCGGGUUUUGUAUUAAUUACGGGAUUUAUCCUCGCUGAUAUUUCUUUUUCUUAUAUUUUUAUACCCCUCUUUCUGUCUCUGUCCACCUUCUCAGAAAUUGACUGGGAGCAGUGUUGAGUGCUGAGAGUGAGGAGCAUCGUUUAAUGGAUAUUCAUUUUUAAUUGCACAAUUUUUUUCGGAGGAAUAAAACUGCCUUCGCGAAGAUUUCAUCGCGCUUUAUGGGAUUAUUUUUUGACGGAGCCGCUUUGUUUUGGAUGAGAACACAUUGGCCAUCAUGAGUUCCAGUGCAGCUUAUCACCAAGGCUCAGCAGGCGGUGAGCGGAGCUCUGGACCAAUCCGGUGCCAGCGCUGUCGCGAAGUAUGCAAAGGAGAGGUGGUUCGAGUACAAGACACCCACUUUCACGUCAAGUGUUUCACCUGCACCGUGUGUAACUGUGAUCUGGCACGAUCUGGCUUCUUCCAGAAGAAGGGCGAGUACAUCUGUACGGCGGACUAUCAGCGUUUGUACGGGACGCGCUGUGACCGCUGUGACAGCUUCAUCACCGGAGAGGUGGUCUCUGCUCUGGGACGCACGUACCACCCCAAGUGCUUUGUCUGCAGUGUCUGCAGUAAACCCUUCCCAAUCGGAGACAGGGUGACGUUCAGUGGAAAGGACUGCGUGUGCCAGCAGUGCUCCCGCACACUUGUCAAGUCAAAUGAACCGAUCAAGAUCCACGGGCCCAGCCACUGUGCUGGAUGUGGAGCCGAGAUCAAGCAGGGUCAGUCUCUUCUGGCGUUGGAGAAGCAGUGGCAUGUCAGCUGCUUCAGAUGUCGGACCUGCAACAUGGUCCUCACUGGAGAGUACAUCAGCAAGGAUGGAGUGCCGUACUGUGAGGCGGACUACCACGCCCAGUACGGGGUGAAAUGUGAGACCUGCAGCAGAUACAUCAGUGGAAGAGUUCUGGAGGCAGGAGGGAAACACUACCACCCAGCUUGUGCAAGGUGCGCCCGCUGUAACAUGAUGUUCAAAGAGGGCGAGGAAAUGUACCUGACAGGAUGUGAGGUGUGGCACCCAUUAUGCAAGCAGGCGGCGAGGGCGGAGAGGAGACUCAGGCACAGACGCCUGUCAGAGGCCUCCAUCUCUCCGCCGGGAUCCUCCAUAGGCUCUCCCAGUAGAGUUAUAUGUGCCAGAGUGGAGAAUGAGAUCCUAGAUUAUAAGGACCUAGCUGCCCUGCCAAAGGUCAAGGCCAUAUACGAGGUCCAACAGCCAGACCUCAUAUCCUCCUCAUACCAGCCGUACCACAGAUACAUCUCUGAUGACAGGCUAGACACUUACAGCUAUGGGGAGUCACUUGGGACACUCUCUCCCUAUUCUCAGGACUACGACAGCCUGGAUACAAAGCAGAGGCGAUGCUCCAGUCCAGGUUAUAUUGACUCGCCGACGUAUAGUCGCCAAGGCAUGUCGCCCAUCAUGCCCCGCUCUCCACAGCACUAUGGAUACCCUGGCUCUGAGAGUGGCAGGAGUUCACCUUAUUACGGCCAAGAGGGGCGGUCAAGCACACCCACCACAAACCAGCCCCCUAAACAUUUUCAUGUACCAGACAAUCAUAUGGAAGCAGCCACCAAAAGCAGGACCAGCGAGGACAUCCUCAGAUCCUCCAGACUGUCCACCUACUCUCCAGAGCCAUACACCCAGUCAGAGUGUGACUACUACCCCUACACCAGCUCCCCGAAGGCCUAUCGGGCACCGAGAAGACGCUUCUCGACGGGAGGAGAUGAAGAGAGUUGGAGUCAGAGUCUUCAAAGAAUUGGGAGUGGCAUCGGGAGGAUGAUCCUAAAGGAGGAGAUGAAAGCCAGAUCUGGUUCCUAUGACAACGACCCCUGGGGCAGUGCGAGGAAUUCUCGUAGUGGGAGCAAGGAAACGCUGAACACUACGGGCUACGGCACCACGGCGUACAACAACACCAUCAACGGCUCUCCCCGAUCUCAGUACAGCACUGAUAGCGAUUUUGGUUGUAAGUCAGCUUCAUUACCAGGAUAUCGGCGCAACGGCCUGCAGCGGCCUCAGAGUGCAGAUUGCUACCAGUACCAGUACGACAGCGGCAGCGAGGUCAACUGGGGAAGCAGAGCAGAAUACGCGAUUCACCCUUAUGAGUCUCUCAUUGUCACCACCAGAGGGCGGAACAGGCUGCCUAAAGAUGUAGACAGAGCCCGACUGGAACGCCACCUGUCCCCGGAGGAGUUCGUCCAAGUGUUCGGUAUGACGGUGGAAGACUUCGACCGGCUGGCUCUGUGGAAGAGGAAUGAGCUAAAGAAGCAGGCCCGGCUGUUUUAAUCACACACGGACGUCUGUUGAUUACUGCCAUACGUAGAGCCAGACCGCAGGAGGGACGGGAAGAUACUUCUACUCAGUUACACUGCCAUGCCUGAGAUCCUGUUCUAGAUCUCCUCACACGACAAAACCAAAUUCUGGUCACACCAGAGUGGACUUCUGGGACACCGAGGGAAGGCCACACAGACAUUAUGCACAGAAGGACUGAUAAACUGUUACACGGAUGCAGCUGUGGCUGUGUGCAGGAGUGGAGUGUAAGCAAUAGAGACUGUCAUACAGUGGGGGGGUUGUGCUUUUUUUCUUAAGCCUAAAGGACGGAGGAAGACGUGACUGUGCCCCUAUACGGCCACAUGAGAGAGUCUGUGACCAGAGCUGCAGUACUAAAAAAAAAAAAAAAACAUAAUGAGGAGAAUUUUGGCUUUGCCUUAUUUGUUAUGCUCUCUUAGUUAUGACUGUGCAGCACCAGCAAUCUGAAUGAGUAGAAUGUAGAUACAGUAUAUCGUUUAUGACACUUUAUCGGUGAGAAUGAUUAGAUGAGAGGGAUGAGUGGGAGCCCGCAGCAUCACUUCGCUUUGGUUUCAGGAUGCAUUUUGUUUACCAGGUCCCUUGUUUUUUCCUUUUUUUUUUGCUCUUUCACAUGAAAUAGUGUCCCCUCUAGUUUACACUAAUUGAAAUAGAAACAAACAAUCUGAGGUGGAGGAAACCUUUUUCAAUUGUAUGCGUGACCUGCAUUGAUUUGUGUGAAAAUGAAAAACCAAAGUGAGAAUGCAAAUAUACAAUUUAGCAGAUCACUUCCAUGUAAUGCUGGUUCGAUAGUUCAGAGGUCAUCAGUAGAUACAGUUCACUGUGCAGCUGUAUGGUAAACCUAAAAGAAUGUGCAAUCCAGUAGUACUUAAUAGAUAAAGAAGACUGCAGCUACGUCCUCCUGUUCCACGUUUUCUACUCAUUGCAAUAGAACGAUGACUAAAUGUUUUAGGGUGAAGGUUGUAGUCAUCCAUACAUACAUCCACUAUUAUUUAUAUUCUUUUAGAAUGAUAAUCCAAUAAUUUUGUAGCUACAGAGAUUAUAUUCACUCACAAAGAAACGCUCUGCAAGGUAUUUAACACACAAAGAUCCAGGGUUGUUGAAGAUUUUACUUCCUUUGAAUACUGUUAUUUUUGAUUUUGUCACUAAAAUUAAACUUCAAAUCAAUACCA